CUUAAACCUUCAAUUGGCGCUUCUAGGAGAGAAAAAGGAGAGACCCGGCGAGCGAGCGAGCGAGCGAGCGACAAUGGCGACACCAGCAACACUACCCCCGCUCUCGUCGUCGAUGGUGGGCCUGCCCGAGCCGGACCCAAACGACCCGUCGAACCGCAACUGCCGGCUGCUGGGGCCGUUUGCGCUCUUUGUCCAGGCGCUCAUGGGCGUCGUCGUCGUCGGCACGCUCGUGCUCAAGCGCCAGCGCGAGCGACCCAAGCGUCCCUGGAAGAUUUGGCUGCUGGACAUUUCCAAGCAGAUGCUCGGCCAGCUCUUUGUCCACACGCUCAACGUCGCCCUCUCGAGCCUGGGCAGCCUGGCGUCCGAGGGCGAGGAGAAUCCGUGCAGCCUCUACUUUCUCAACAUUGCCAUUGACACGACGUUGGGCGUCUUUAUCAUCUAUGCCAGCAUGCGCUUCCUCACCCACUACUUUACCGACGUCCUCGGCUGGCCCGGCUUUGUCUCGGGCCAGUACACCUCGACGCCCCUCGUGCUGGGCCGCCGCCGCCGACGCGGGCCACGGGCUGGUGGCAGCCUCGUCGCCACGCCGCGCGCCUCGACGGACACGCAGCUCACGUACGACGAGGCCUCUGCUUCUUCUUCACCCAUGCUCCCCACCUCGCAGGCGCUCCCCAAGCAAUCUAUCUCGCAGGACGGCGAGGCGACAGCAGGAGCGUCAUCUUCUCAUCCUCCUGAGCCUCUAGCUACGACAACGCCGGCGAGCACGACGACGACAGCCGGACUCCUCCGCCGAGGCCGGCCCCGCCCACGCCUCACCUUCUUCUUCCGGCAGCUGUCCCUCUACCUGCUCAGCCUGCUCAUCAUGAAGAUCCUCGUCGUCCUCCUCCUCGCCCUCUUUCCCUUUCUCUUUGACGUCGGCCGCUGGAUCCUCGACCUCUUUGGCCACGCGCGCGAGGCCCAGGUCCUCUUUGUCAUGGCCCUCUUUCCCCUGGCCAUGAACACGCUCCAGUUCUGGCUCAUUGAUUCGCUGCUGCGUCACAAUCCACACACGACAAAGUACCAGUCAGAGGAGGAUGCCGCGGCGACGGGCGCGAUGCUCGACGGCCACGACGGCCACGGUGGAGAAGAAGAGGAGAGGGAAGGCGACGAGGACCUCGAGGGCGGCAUCGGCGGCGGCGGCAACUUUGCCUUUUGGGCCGCGCCGGCCGCACGACGGGGAGGAGCACAGGCAGGUGCAGGUGCAGGGACAGGUGCGGGAGCAGGAGUAGGGGCAGGAGCCGGGGCGAGAUAUGGCCAGCUGGCGAAUGGCGACGAGGGCCUCUCGCGCCAUCUCGUCGGCAUUGACAGCGACGACGACGAGGAGGAAGGCGAAGGCGAGACGGACCCGCACGCCUACCCGCCGCCGAGAUCGGAGCGCGGCUCGUCCAACGAGGACGAGGCCCGCGGUCCCGCGCGGCACGACGGCCGGGGUGCAGGCGACGAUGCGAGAGCGCAGCAGCAGACAGGCUCUCUCUUGUCGCCCUCACCCUUGACAACAACUUCGGCAGCGCAAGAGCAAAAGAAGGAUGACACUGCUGCUGCUGGAACAACAGCAGCACCAGCGCUAGGCGAUGACGAAGACGACAUGUGGGACAGCUGGGACGACGAUGGGGGUGCCGGUGCGCCCCAGAGCGAUUCGGGUGCGACAGUGAGGGCAAAGCCAAGCGACAUCAAGAGAGACUAGAGCGCCUCCGAGAAGGAGCAGCAGCAGCAUCGAAUAAGUGCAUAGACAUGAUUCUCACUCGCUCUUUUUCUUUCGCCCAGAAGAUGCACCCAGGCUCAAUUGCAUGCCACUUGUUCUUUGUUAGACGAUAGCAGUAGUAGUACAGUUGCGGAAAACAAUCCUUGUCACUCUA